UUGGUUGGUAUCGUCUGCCCAUUUGUAAAUUUGUUGACAUUGUAGCCGCUCCGCUACAAAGAUUAAGGUUAUGUUCGUGUUCGAAUUUUGUUAGCGUUGCUGUUUGCUGUUGAGGUUAUCACAAUUUUGUAAAAGAUACAUUUUUUUAACACAAAACUUGCUAUAUAUUUAGUAUCAAAUUUACCUUGUUCUGAAACACAAUGCGACUAACUUGUUUUUUGAACAAGAGGGGAUGGCUUCCAGAAAACAAAGUAGAAUUUCAAGAGUUAUUACCUCUCAAGUUAAAGAACUCUGUAUCUGGUAAAGGUGAGAGAUCAGCUGAAAAUCCUUGUGUGCAAGAAAUGAUGGUUCUUUUUGCAUGUUUAAAGAAGAGUGAAUUCCACCAAAGUCCAUGCAGUAAGGAAAUAGAUACUCUGAAUAAAUGCUACAAAACUCAUCAGGUAACUGUUCAAAAGGAGAAGGAACUAAUGAAAAUGGGAAUACUUACACCAGGUGCUAAAGAUUUAAAUCAUCGUCAAAUUGGGAUGCUUUUAAAGCGGUUUCCUACAAAAUGAACUGCUACAGAAUUGUUUAGUUAUUGUAAACUUUGUUCACUGUAGGUAUGUAUUGACUAGCCUACAUUACAUUUUGUACAGGUCGGCUUAAGUAAAUUAAACUGUUAUUAAAAUCAAAA